AUGGCGGCGCCUAUAAUAGUAGAAGAAGAAGCUUGGAAAUGUCUAAAACACCCUUCAAAUAGAGAGAGAAACGGAGUGUGCCCCGUUUGCUUGAAGGAACGUCUUGCCAUUCUCAGCCGCGAUUGCGCCGCCGUCCGCCCCUGCGCAUAUCUCGCCGCCACCACCUCCUCCUCCUCCUCCGCUUCCUCGUCCUUCGGCGGCGGCGAAAUCGGCUGCGAGCCGGACUUCCGGCGAUCGAAAUCGGUCGGGGUCACCAUUCUCCGACCACGCGACGGCCUCUCCGGCUCCUUCCGGCGGAAUCCGCCGCCGAACUGCCAGAGCAAGGCGGCGUGGUUCCGAUCCUUAUUCAAGUACUCGAGCAAGAGCGCGAGGAAAUCGGAGGUGAAGGAAGAGAAGCAAUCCGAAGUGAAAUUCGUCUCCGCUCGGUGUAGCGGCGCCGGCGACAGGGGAAUUGUGGAUUUCGCGGUGCUUAUGAGGUCGAGAUCGGUGAGCGUGGAGGUGACGUCAGGUUGCGGCGUCGGAGAUUUUACGAAGGCGAAAGGAUGGCAUUUCCGGAGCCCCGUGAAGGCGUUCCGGCAACCGAAGGUCGUCCAAGAGCGCUCGCCAUUUAAGCGUUGA